AUGAAGGUCUCUGCUAUCGUCGCUAUCCAGGCUGCCCUCCUCGGCGUCUCUUCUGCUGCUGCCGUCGAGAUCCGCGGCAAGACCUGCACUGCUACUUGGACCGGCUCCAACUCUGAGGGCGGCGGUGGCCCUGGCCAGGCCCCUAUCAACAACAACGCCUGGGGCAUCGACGUCACCGGCAUCAAGAAGGUUCAUCAGACCCUCAAGCAGACCGGCAAGAACGGUGUCAUUGACCAGCACAUUGGCGAUGGCUACAACAUCGACACCCACGCUCAGUGGAACUACGGCGGCAACUCCUGGUACCGCUGCUCCCUCAAGAAGGACGGCAAGGAGCACCAGGGCAAGGUUGCUAAGCAGCACAUCUCUACUGGCACUGUCUCUGUCACUACUGACAAGUGCACUGUCACUUUCCCUUGCUAA